AGACAUAAAUGUGGUUGGAGUCGUUGGACCAUGGACAUUGAUGGGAGAUUUUAAUGCCGUGAGAAAGCUGGAUGGGAUAAGCUUUUUGGAGGGCAGCCCAGAAAGAGAUGCUAGUAAGACCGAUUUUGAUAACUAUUUGAGGGGCCUGCGUCUUGCUGAUCAUUCUUUUUCUCGUCCAUUUUAUAAAUGGAGCAACAAAAGAGUUAAUGGUUUUCAAAGGAGGAAGUUGGAUCGAAUCUUGAUUAAUGGGCGUUGGAUGCAAUUUGACCCUUUCUUCUCUGCUGAGUUUAUGGCUCCUGGAGUUUCAGAUCAUUGUCCUGCUAUUCUUCGUGUAGUUUCUACAGGAUUCUAUCUUAACAAAGGAGAUAGGCCGUCUCUCUUAUCAGCUGAAAAGGAGAAAAGAGAGCAACUGAUGAAUCUUACGGCAACUGAGGAGGCGGCCCUUAAACAGCAAUCAAGGAUUCAGUGGCUUAACCUUGGGGAUGGAAACAAUGCCUUCUUUCAGAGGUCUGUUAAAGCUCAUCGUGCUCGAUGUACUAUUCGAUCUCUAAUUACUGCUGAUGGGAGAAAAGUAGAUCAAAUAGAAGAUAUUAAAUCGGAGGCUGUGAACUUCUGCAGAAACUUGUGGGGCUCCCCAAAUCAAGAGGUUAACCCUUCCUAUUCGAGAGUGGCAGGUUUUCUGAAAAAAGCUAACUGAAGCUCGAGUGUCUUCUAUCUCUGUAUGUUUCUCAAGAGGAAAUUCAGUCAGCCCUGUUUGCUUUGCCAAAAAACAAAGCCCCAGGGCCUGAUGGGUUUUCGUUGGAGUUCUAUAAGGCUCUUGGGAUAUUACAGGGCAUUCUGUAAUUGACGCCAUUCAGGAAUUUUUCUUGACUGGUAAGCUUCUAAAGCAAAUCAAUUCUUCCGUUAUUACGCUAGUCCCCAAGAAAGUGAAUGCAUAUUGUAUGAAGGAUUUCCGGUCUAUAGCUUGCUGUAAUACUAUUUACAAAUGUAUUACCAAGAUUCUUGCCAACAGGGUUGAGGGAGUUCUUCCUGACUUGGUAAGUAUGAAUCAAAGUGCAUUUAUAAAAGGCAGAAGAAUCUCUAAUAACAUUUUGUUGGCUCAUGAAUUUAUGAGGAAUUACCAUCCCAAGGGUGUUAGCUCUCUGUGUGCCAUCAAGAUAGAUCUCGUGAAGGCUUUUGAUUCUAUUGACCGGAGAUUCCUCGAUUGUCUUUUAAGAGCUAUCAGUUUUCCUGAUAAAAUAGUGAGAUGGAUUAAAGCCUGUAUCUCUACUCCCUGGUACUCUGUAGCAGUAAACGGAUCCCUUGCAGGCUAUUUUAAAGAAGGGAAAGGUCUUAGGCAGGGAGACCCUCUUUCGCCUUAUUUAUUCAUUCUUGCCAUGGAGAUUUUUACUCAGAUGCCAGACUCAGCUGCUUCAGAGGGAAAAUUGGGAUUUCAUCCUAAGUGUCAGGGCCUCUUCCUAACUCAUUUAUGCUUUGCAGACGACCUUAUGGUUUUCACAGAUGGGGAGCUUAGUUCUAUUAGGACUUUGAUUUAUGUUUUGCAAUCUUUCUAUGAGAUCUCUGGCUGAAGCUGAAUGUGGAGAAGACAGAGAUUUUUUGUGCAGGCAUGUCUCAAGACCAAGUUCAAGCCAUCUUCGACUGUACUGGGUUCGCUCUUGGAAAACUCCCUGUCAGAUAUCUGGGUCUUCCUCUUAUCUCAGGAAGAUUGUCAACGUCGGAUUGUUCUGCUUUAAUUGAUAAGAUCACUUGCAGAAUUAGUUCUUGGACAUCUAGGUACUUAUCCUAUGCAGGUCGUCUACAACUCAUCCAUUCAGUUCUCUUCAGUAUGGCAAAUUUCUGGUGCUCUACUUUUAUUUUUCCUAAGAGGGUAAUUAAAAUGGUCCAAAGGAAGUGUAGUGCAUUCUUAUGGACGCGGACUGACUCUUCCUCUAAGAGGGAGAUUGUUUGUUUGCCUAAGAGGGAGGGAGGGAGGGUUUGGUGUUAAGGGAGUUAGUAAAAUGGAACCAAGCUAGUGUACUGAGAAAUCUGUGGCAGCUUUUAAUUAAUGCUGGAUCUCUAUGAGUAGCUUGGUGUAGGAAGUACUUGAUAAAGGGUACAUAGGAGUAUUUGGUCCAUUCAACCCCCAAGUAAUUGCUCAUGGAGUUGGAGGAAGAUAUUGAACCAAAGAUAGGGGAUGGUCACUCCAUAUGCUUAUGGUACGAUAAUUGGUGUGAGCUGGGCCCUCUCCCUGAUCAUUGUUCUGAGAGGUUUUCAUUGUUUCUCCUCCAUCCGGCCAAACCAAAUGGUAUGGAGCGUCUUUUAGAAUGGGCAAAUGGACUUGGCCGAGAAGUCGAGACCCUCAAGCACGGGAUAUUCAAGCCAUGGCAUCUGCUAUAAACUUUGCAGGUCAGGAUCAACUGUUGGAACUCCAAACCUGCAUUCUCUGUUGCGACUACUUGGGAAAUCAUAAUACCAGCAGGACAGAGAGUUCAAUGGCAAAGGUUAGUUUGGUUUCCAGGGCACAUCCCUAGGGUCUCCUUCAUCUGCUGGCUGGCAAUUCUUGAUCGAUUGUCCACAAAAGUUAGAAUACAAGCUUGGGGUUGUUCGGUUCAAGACAGUAAAUGUGUUUUCUACCUGCAACAUGGAAGAGGAAUCCCGGGACCACCUAUUUUUCUCCUGCCAAUUCACAAAGCAAAAUUGGGUCAAAAUACUGGAACUACUGCAAAUUGACAGAGAUUGUGGAGACUGGGAGGUCGAGUUCUCAGCUGCCUGUCAAUGGAAAGGAAAGUCGCUCGAAGCUGUCAUUAGAAGAUUGUCAUGGACUUGUUAUGUGUAUAUAUUGCGAGAGAGAAACAACAGAAUUUUUAAAGUAGGGGAGAUUUUGUUAGUAUAGUUUUGGAAAUUAGAGAUAUGGUGAGGCGAAGAGUUGCAUCAUUGCCGAAUUUUGGAUUGAAGGCAGAUGUUUGCCCUAUAGUCUCUACUUGGCGUUCGAGCUUUGAUGUAAUGACCUGAGUUACUUUGUAUAAUUUUUUGUCUUGGAGAAAUAAAUAUCGCAUUUAUAAUAAAA